GGUGAUCUCUGCUCGGGACAAGGCGGUUUAGUGACGGGGGAACGCGCGACCAGGCUUAAAGUAUGGCAAGCAAAGAUGGUUUCUGCCAAGGAGCCCGCGAUCGCUGCGUCUUCGGCUCUGGCUGUCACCUUCGUACACCUCCUGUGCUUGGCGACCUGUCUCACCGUACUCCCGGGACAGCUCAAAAAGGAGGAGAAAUUAUGGCCGGAGAAUUUCACACGCAUCCUGGACCGUCUCCUGGAUGGUUAUGACAACAGGCUGCGUCCUGGAUUUGGGGGUCCUGUUACUGAAGUCAAAACAGAUAUCUAUGUCACCAGUUUUGGACCGGUUUCUGAUGUAGAGAUGGAAUACACAAUGGAUGUGUUUUUCCGUCAGACAUGGGUGGACAAGAGAUUAAAAUAUGAUGGUCCAAUUGAAAUUCUACGACUAAACAAUUUAAUGGUUACCAAAGUGUGGACACCAGAUACUUUCUUCCGGAAUGGGAAAAAAUCGGUCUCACAUAAUAUGACAGCUCCAAAUAAACUAUUUAGAAUUAUGAGAAAUGGCACCAUCCUGUAUACAAUGAGGCUCACCAUAAGUGCCGAAUGUCCCAUGAGACUGGUGGACUUCCCCAUGGAUGGCCAUGCUUGCCCUCUGAAAUUUGGGAGUUAUGCAUAUCCAAAGAGUGAAAUGAUUUACACUUGGACAAAAGGACCUAAGAAUUCAGUGGAAGUUCCUGAAGAGUCUUCCAGUUUAGUUCAGUAUGAUCUGCUUGGGCACACAGCAUCCACUGACACUGUUAAAUCCAUUACAGGUGAAUAUGUUGUAAUGACAGUACACUUCCACCUCAGACGGAAAAUGGGGUAUUUUAUGAUUCAAACAUAUAUCCCGUGCAUCAUGACUGUGAUCCUUUCCCAAGUUUCAUUUUGGAUCAAUAAGGAGUCUGUUCCUGCAAGAACUGUUUUUGGCAUAACCACUGUUUUGACUAUGACCACACUGAGCAUCAGCGCUAGGCAUUCCUUGCCCAAAGUCUCCUAUGCCACUGCCAUGGACUGGUUCAUCGCCGUGUGUUUUGCCUUUGUAUUCUCUGCACUGAUUGAGUUUGCGGCUGUCAACUAUUUCACCAACAUUCAGAUGGAAAAGGCCAAAAGGAAAGCUGUGAAAUCUGCCUUGGAAUUUACAGCGACUCCCAUGCAGAAGGAAAAUUGUGCAGACGAGGCACUCACGAGUACAGACUCAAAUUCCAACGUGAGGAAAAGAACGAACGCCUCUGUGCAGCCAGAAGCUGAGACUUCGAAGAGGCUUGACACCGGAAACAGUUCAGUGCCAUGUUCCACAGUAACUCAGGGGCCUUCGGACGUUAUGCCCCGAUCUCCUUCAGCCUCGAGCCCAAACCCUUUCAGCCGUAUAAGCUUAUCAGAGACUUUGGCUUCUGCCAGAGCCACUCCUUCAGCUCCUCCCUCUACCCCAGUUUUAACUGGAUACACGUCCCACCAAGCCACCACUGGGUCUCCAUCCAUUCACCAUUUACUUGGAUCUAGACUGGAGCAAAUUCAGACUUCAGUGAAUACUUCAGGAGCUGCUGCAAAGUCAUCAGCCAUCAGUGCUGCUCCUGCUCCACCUCCCUCAAGUUCUGGCACCAGUAAGAUAGACAAAUAUGCACGCAUUUUGUUUCCUGUAACUUUUGGAGCAUUUAAUAUGGUCUACUGGGUGGUUUAUCUAUCCAAGGACACCAUGGAAAAAUCGAAAAGUCUAAUGUAGUCUUGCUGCUAUGUAGUAGUUUUUUCUGCAAUUUAUUCUAAAACACAUUUGAAUGCUGAGUUUCUUCUUUUAAAACUAUUUUUUAAAAAAGAAACCUUUAAUGCUUAUUUUUUAGAAAAAGCUGUGUGCUUGUUUUCCCAUGGUAAAGGGGAAGAUAGUACAAGAUAAACUGACUCAACGAAGAUGGGGGGAGGCUAUGAACAGUGUCUUCCAGACCUUCUCCAAAGAUGUUUGAAGAAAUAUGCGGUAGGCCAUUGGGAAGAACAGAGUUGGGAUGCAAAUAAACUGCAGUGGCAUACAGAUGUGCAAGAAUAUGUCCUGGCUUUUCCAAAUGUGUGCAUUGAUGAGUUGAAAUUUGUCUUUUUGUUGCCUAGCUUCUGCACUAGGCAGUAAAACCCAUUGAUAUGA